CCGCCGCCGGCACCACCACUACCCCCGUCAAAACCCGAAGAGAAGCCUUCCAUAUCGCUCAAACUUCGCGCUGGACCUCCAGACUGGGCGUUGGAAGGCCACGCCAAAAGCACAGCCUUGGACCACAUCACGCCUCCAGCCGGACCAUACUUCUUCUACGGCACACUUCAAGAUCCAGGCAUAUUAAGCGAAGUGCUCCGCCUGGACGACAAGCCUGCUCUCAAACCUGCGCGGGUGGUCGGAUAUGCGGUGAAGUUGUGGGGCCAGUAUCCUGCUCUGGUCGAUGGAUCGCCCGAGGAGAUGGUCGAGGGGGCCGUGUUUGAGGUCGCUAAUGAGGCGGCCGCCGCGAGACUUGCGCAGUAUGAGACCAAGGCUUAUCGGGCGAGCCCAUGUCAGAUCCGCAUGGUUAAUGGGUGUGAGGAGGAAGAGGUGGUCGAAGGCUAUGCGUUUGUGUACGAUGGAAACGUCAAGGACCUGAGUGAUGGGAAGUUUGAUUUGAGAGUUUGGUUAAGGAGGAUGGGUAGG